AUGGGCAUGGACAUAGCUCACCGAGACUACCUCCUAGCCACGCUCCACACCAUCCUCGGCGUCGCCACCCUCCUGCUCUGCGUCCUCGCCGAGCUCUCCAUUUUCGCCUUCCGGUGCCACGCGGCGCUGUAUCUCGUCCCCGUGGCAGCACUGCUUCUCUUCAACCGCCGCUUCCGGCGCCGUGCUGCCGCGGCCACGGACGACAUCGGGCUGGUGGACUUCUCGUGCCUGAAGCCGCCCCUGCCGGCUGCGCCUCCCGGUGGCGGGGCUGCUGGAGCACCUGAGGCUCAUCGCCUGCUUCGACGACGGGAGCGUGGAGUUCAUGGCCAAGGACCUUCAACCUCUCCGGGCAUGGGCUGCGCCGCGGGCGUCGUCGGCGUGGAUGUCGCGCGGAGACUCCUGCUCACGCACGCCAUCUCCUACGCCGUCGUCGUCAGCGCCGAGAUCGUCACCGUCGGGUGGUACAGCGGCAAGGACCAGGGCAAGCUGCUCCUCAACUGCUACUUCCGCACCGGCUGCUCCGCCGCGCUAGUCACCAGCAUCCGCGGCGGCGCGCCGACGGUGCCGGUCAACAUCCGCGGCGGCGCGCCGACGGUGCCGGUCAAGUACCGGCUCGCGAGCCUGACGCGCACGAACCAGAUCGCCAACGACUGGAGCUACCGCUCGGGGUACCGCGACGAGGACGACGAGGGCAUCACCGGCUUCACCCUCGGCCAGGGCGUGGGCCGCAUGGUGAGCGAGCUGCUGCGCGCGCACCUCGUGACGCUCAGCCUGUCCAUCCUCCCGUGGCGCGAGAAGCUGCGCUACGUGCUGGCACUGCUCCUGUCGUCCCGCUCCCGCCGGCGCCGCCUAGCAGGCGGCGGCGACAACAAGCUCGCCCGCCCCGCCGCGCCGCCGCUUCCCGACUUCCGCGAGGCCGCGGACCACUUCUGCCUCCCGUCGUCGGGCGGGCCGAUGAUCUGGCGCCUGGGCCAGGGCCUCGGGCUCGGCGAGCGAGAGAUGGAGGCGGCGCUGAUGACGUUCCACCGGUUCGGCAACCAGUCGGCGGCGUCGCUGUGGUACCAGCUCGCGUACCGUCAAUCUACGACGUUCCAUUUCCAACCGGAUCAAGUGAUCGAUCGAUGUUCUUGA